AUGAUGAAUUGCAAUCCUAUGCACUAUUUGCGUCAAGCCUGGGACGCAACAAAUUCAAAAUGGGGCAAAUCGUGCAUUGUCCUCUUUUAUUCUUUCCUAUGGAUUCAGAUCCUAGGAUGCACCUAUUCUCUAUUUGACAUCAAGACUGGCUGGGAUUGUCUCUAUGAGAACUUGUCGUCCCAAAACGAGAUUAACUUUGUGGCGGGGACAAUGCGAGUUUCGAACCUGUGGAUAUUGGGAUUUUUCCUUUUUGCGGAUCGAAGUGGCAUCAGAGUCUGGAAUGUUUUCAUGGUUUGGUUCUUUUACAUGGCCCAAUGGUUGCUGUACAAGCCAGUCAUGACCAGCUUUAUGCAAGGAUCGUGCCCCACAGAACUCCAAGAUUUUAAUAUCAGUAUGAUUGUUACUGGAGUUUGGAUUUCGUUGGCUCUUAUUUCAUCCAUUAUGGAAGAACGAGCUGCUCCCACAGGUCCUGAAUCCUCCCCCCUCCUGACCUAG